AUGACGAACGCCGUGCAGAUAGACACGCAAUCAAAUCAGCCCUUCGCCUUCCCCCGUCAUAUUGGCCUCUGCAUGAAGCUCGCGGUAUAUGCCAACAAGAUCAAGAAUGACUACUUUCAGCAGUCCGACUUUGGAUCGCAGAACAAGAUCUUCAUCCCCCCAAUCAACUCCCAAGCAGUUCUGGCUUCAGGACCCAUUAAGCAGUCGCAGACCAACUUCGGUGUCUUCCGAGCUAGCGACCCUUUGCUAGAGGUUGACAACCCUUCUUUCACUCCUUCCAAUGAUGGCUACGCCCAGAGGUGCCUGAACUAUCUCACAGCGGUCCAGCUCGACACUGAUGCUUCGGCAGGCCUUGUUCAAAUCAGGGACGAGGCUUACAAGAGGCUGAGCGAAACGUCCCAAAACUUCCAGGCAAUAGCGAAGAAAGCCAAAGCUGCUUGGCAGGAUUCUUUCGAUUAUCCCGGUACUCCUUUGUACCAGUGGAUUAUCCAAAACUAUCCCAUGUAUGCGGCCGCUGAGAAUGACCAGAAUGCUGCGUCCUCGGCUUAUAACAACGUGAUGAACCAGAUCUACAGGUCUAAUUACAUGACGCUUGAGAAGAUGAAGAGGGAUCUCCAGCUGGCUUUAGCACAACAAUCUUCAGCGUACACGAUGAUAGUCAAUGCCGCUCUACCCGAGGCUGCCGACAACACGGUCGCAGAUGAGUAUCGUCCCAAGUACGAUAUUGAUGCGGGCUACGCGAAGCAAGUCAAGGCCUGGAUCGAUCAGACCGUUGAUAGGGAUAACAAGCACGAGAAGGCUUCCAUUGUCAUCAACGCCUCCGACACUUCGAACUACGAUUGGCACUCUGUUGGCUUCGACGAGAGCAAAAUCGAUGCGUCAGGCGGAUUCUGGCCCUUCUUCAGGGUUGAGUACAACGAAUCGCACACGAAGCAGUACGAUGAUGUCAAAGUCGAUGAGUCGUCCAGCGGCCUCUCUGUCAAGAUCGUUGCCGAUGGCAUCAGCUCCUUUGCGGUCAACCCAUCGAGCACCUGGAACCCCGGAAAUAUCAAGAAGACCUAUCCCAACUUGUACAAAUCCGCCUCUAAGCAACUCUGGGAUCCGAUGGUGCAGGUCAGCAAGAUCGUUGUAGGCUACAACGUCCGUAUCGAAAUCUCGCUGGAUUCGAACGCGUACAAGAGUAUCACCUCCAAGGUGGAUACGGCACUGAGCCGUGACGCGAACGCAUCGGCCACGUUGUUCGGUUGCCGCCUCGACCUUGGUGGCUCGUACCACAACAGCGAGUCGAAUUCAACAAAAUGGAGCGAUGUCAAGAAGGACGAUGGCAGCAACACGUUUGUUAUCCCGGCUUCGAACAACGCCAUGCCAGUGUUGCUUGCUGUGGUGGGCACUGUCCUUUCUUGA